AUGGAAAAGAUUGCAAUUCUAGACGCAGGUGCCCAAUAUGGAAAGGUUAUCGACCGACGCGUUCGAGAGCUCUCUGUUUUUUCUGAGAUGUUGCCCAUCAACACUCCUCUCGAAACGCUUUUAAAAGCUGAUUACAAGGCUUUCAUAAUCUCAGGCAGCCCUGACUCAGUCUACCAGUCUAUGAGUUGCACAUGUGAUCCCAAACUUUUUGACGCAAACAUUCCUAUUCUGGGGAUUUGUUAUGGAAUGCAACUUAUCAACAAAGUCUUUGGUGGCCAAGUGAUGGAGGGCGACACUCGGCAAGAUGGCGUAUUUCAAAUUGACUGUGACACAACUUCUCCAUUAUUUGAAGGAUUAUCAAAACAGGAGCAUGUAUUGUUCACCCAUGGAGAUCACUGCAUCACUGCUGCAACAGGAUUUAAAGUCAUAGCCAAGUCUAGUUCCAACAUAGCUGGUAUCGCAAAUGAUGACAAACGACUUUACGGAGUUCAGUUUCAUCCUGAGGUGGAUCUCAGUACAUGUGGCUUAAGAAUUUUAAGGAAUUUUUUGUUCAAUAUAUGUAACCUGAAGGGAGAUUUUAAAAUGAGUGAUAGAGUAGAAUUGUGCAUUUCCAAAAUACGUGAAGCUGUCGGUCAAAAUAAAAUUUUGAUUUUACUGAGUGGUGGUGUCGACUCCACUGUAUGUGCAGCCUUGCUAUCAAAAACUUUGGAUCCAUCUCAAAUUAUUGCUGUUCACAUUGACAAUGGUUUCCUAAGAAAAAACGAAUCUUUAAGAGUGAUAGAAUCAUUAAAGUCAUUGGGAAUUAAAGUCCAUCUGAUCAAUGCAGGCCUUCGAUUCCUAUCAGGGACUACAAUGCUACACGUCGAUGUAAUGACGGAGGCUUUGGCACCUGCUUCCGUCAGUCCUACUAAAGCACAGUCUGAUUCUGGAAUAAGCUCAGGAACAUCGGACGAGACAUCAGAUCCAAAUACUAAAGAGUGCAGAUCGACGUUAGAUACAAUGGCAUACUCUCAAACUACGGAUACAUCUAACGCUAAAAGACAGUCACAUGUCAGUGGUGGUGGAAUUCACCCACAUGUAGAAUCAAGAAACAUUCCUAUUGGACCUCUUAGAACAGUCACUAUUUUCCCUGAAGAUAAACGACAAAUUAUUGGUGAUACUUUUGUGCGUGUUGCCCAAGAAGUAUGGACUGAACUUCAGUUAGAUCCUAGUAGUUUAAUGCUCUGCCAAGGAACAUUGAGGCCUGAUCUAAUCGAAUCUGCAUCUCAUUUAGCUAGUCAACGAGCAGAUACAAUUAAGACUCAUCAUAAUACAACCACACUGGUCCAGAUUUUACAGAAGCAGGGUCGGGUUGUUGAACCACUUUCAGAUUUCCAUAAGGAUGAAGUUAGACAGAUUGGUAAACAACUUGGACUUCCAGAGGCUAUUGUCAACCGACAUCCUUUUCCUGGUCCAGGUUUAGCAGUUAGAAUCUUAUGUGCUGCAGAACCAUAUAUUGAACGAGAUUUUUCGGAGACAACAAGUCUUAUAAAAAUGAUCUCUGGAUAUCAUCAAAUGUCGCAAAAGCCUCAUGCACUUUUAAACAAGAUCAAUGCUGCUGCUAGACCUGAAGAACAACAACGUUUAUCAAAAAUUACAGCAAAUCGGUCUCUAGCCGCCUAUGUUCUACCUAUUCGUUCAGUCGGAGUGCAAGGUGAUCAUCGUACUUAUAGUUAUGCUUGUGCUUUAUCUAGUUCAACUGCUCCAGAUUGGGAUGCCCUUUCGUUUUUAGCUAAUUUAAUUCCUAGGAUAUGCCAUAAUAUCAAUCGCGUAGUAUAUAUAUUAGGACCACAAGUUGUUCAUCCAGUAAAUGAUAUUACAAUUACUUACCUUCGGGAACCUGUUAUCGAUACUCUCCGGGAAGUCGAUGAUAGGGUUAUGUCAGUACUUCAAAACAAUGGUUGUAUGAACAACGUUGAUCAAAUGCCAGUUGUUCUUAUACCGAUUCAUUUUGACCGUGAUCCAAGUCAAGUAGUAUCUAUUCCUUCUAUUUUACGGUCAGUUGUACUCAGACCUGUGAAAUCAGCUGAUUUCAUGACUUGUAUUGCUGCUGUUCCCGGUGUUCAUAUUCCAGAAGAUGUUGUUUACAAAAUGCAGAAAGCAGCUGAAGAAGUACCUGGAAUAUCUCGAGUUUUAUACGAUCUUACUUCGAAACCACCAGCAACUAUUGAAUGGGAGUAA